AUGUCUGCACCGUGCAGACUUGUCAUGGGCGCGACAAGGGCCCUCGAAACUACCGCCGUGCCACGCAUUGCCCGCCGAACCAUCGCCUCUAUACCUGCGCGAACCGCACCGAAAUGUCUGAGGCAGCCACAUAUACAGGCUGGGCAGAGCUCCCAGCGGUCCUUUACACAAUCUGCAUCUCGCAAUAAACUCAAGACCAUUGAUCAGAUUAAAGCACGAAACCGUGGCGGGCCCUUCAAUCUUACAGCCGCUAUCCUCUUCGUCGCUUCCGGCGCUGGCCUCUGGGCCUACUUCACAUACGAGAAGGAGCGCAUGGCACGCAAGCGAAUAGCCGACCAGACCAAGGGCAUCGGCAAGCCGAAGGUCGGCGGGCCGUUCCAGCUUGUUGAUCAAGACGGGAAUGCAUUCACUUCGGACGACAUGUUGGGGAAGUACUCGUUGGUGUACUUCGGCUUCACACACUGCCCCGACAUCUGCCCGGACGAACUCGACAAAAUGGCCCUCAUGUACGACAAGGUGGUGGAGCAGUGCGGUAGAGUCCUGCUCCCGAUCAUGAUUACGUGCGACCCCGCGCGCGACGAGCCGAAAGUGCUCAAGGACUAUUUGCACGAAUUCCACCCGGACUUUAUCGGCUUGACGGGCGCAUACGAACAGAUCAAGAACGUGUGCAAGGCGUAUCGUGUGUACUUUAGCACGCCGAGUAGUGUGAAGCCUGGCGAGGAUUAUCUCGUGGAUCAUAGUAUUUACUUUUAUUUGAUGGAUCCGGAAGGCGAUUUUGUGGAAGCCAUAGGACGAAACUUUACGGCGGAUCAGGCGGCGAAGAUCAUGAUUGAUCAUAUCAAGGACUGGGAGAAGCCGUUGAAGAAGGCGGAGAGAUGGAAUUGA